AUGGCAGGAGAAGACGAGUCACGGCGAAAGCGUGUGAAGGUGUCCAAUGGUCAGCUUGCCUCCGAGUCUCUCACGGCACCGAGUCGAGAGCACCUGGUCGAUGCGGCUGCCGACUCAGAACCCCCAGCUCCAGACGCGCAAGCUAUAAAAGAAGCCGAAGUUGGCAUUACGCACUUUGUCAGCCCGGACGUGCCCGGAUUUUCUGGGGUGGUGAAGAAAAGAGCGGCCACCACCAGCGUUGAACCUGCGCCAGCAACUACUCCGGCCUUGAACCAGACAGUCGAGAAUUACAAGGACGAAAGCCAUGGGGCUGAUGAUGGCAAGCCCGGGCAAACAGGUGCCGCAGUGGUAGCAGAGCUGGCACCAAAAGACCGUGAGUUGUUGGAUGAAUUCUUCGGACCCGAGACCACCCCAAAACUCCUCAACCUGUACUCGCGCUCGCUUGACAAAAUUUCUUCGCGUCCGGGCGAACUUGGCAAGGUUAAGUCAGGGGUGAUCACAGACAAAGACCAGAGGACCAGUCUUCACCAGGCUAUUCGCCGCAUAUUCAACUCGACCCUAGACUCUUCCACCGACAAUGACGGGGCAAUCGUGGUGUCCGCUGCGUCAGUGCAGCAACGAGGAGGCAAAGGGAAACGCAACAGACAAGCUGGCCGAGAUCAAGGCCGCGUUGAUGCUGCUCGAUUGCCCCGUGGUAAACUGGGAUGGAGCGAACUCGGCGGAGACUACUUACACUUCACCUUAUACAAAGAGAACAAGGAUACGAUGGAAGUUAUUUCGUUCCUCUCUCGUCAGUUGAAAGUAGCGCCAAAAGCCUUUCAGUUCGCAGGGACGAAAGAUCGUCGUGGGGCAACGGCUCAACGAGUUAGUGUCUUCCGUAUCUAUCCCGAUCGAAUGGCGAAUCUCAAUGGAUCCCUUCGAAUGGCGGCUAUUGGGGACUAUGCAUAUCAGAAGCAGGGCCUGGAACUGGGACAACUGAACGGGAACGAGUUCGUAGUCACAUUAAGAGAUUGCCAGUUCGCUGAGGGGGUUGUUGGAGAAGGGGGCCCUUCAAGCCCAGAAACUCUCGCAAAUGUCACGGAGCUUGUCAGAAAGUCGCUCCGUAGCCUCAGAGAACGAGGCUACUUCAACUACUAUGGGCUCCAGCGCUUUGGCACCUUCGCCACAAGAACGGAUACUACAGGUCUCAGGAUGCUCCGGGGACAAUUCAAAGAAGCCUGUGAAUCGAUCCUUCAUUACAGCGAGGCUGCAUUAGCCGCAGCAGCACAAGACGUUUCAUCUGAGGAACGGACCCAAAGGCCAUUGAUAAGCACCGAUGAUAUCCUGCGAGCCAAGGCAAUUCACAUCUUCCAAACAACUGGAAAUGGCCGCGAUGCAUUAGAUAUUUUGCCUAGAAAGUUCACGGCAGAAAGCAAUAUCAUAAGGCUCCUCUGCCAACGAAAGAAUGAUUAUUUCGGUGCUCUCCAGUCUAUUCCCCGCAACCUGCGGCUGAUGUAUGUUCACGCCUACCAGUCCCUGGUAUGGAACUUUGCUGCUGGUGAAAGAUGGCGACUAUACGGGGACAAGGUCGUUGAAGGUGAUUUGGUGUUGGUAAAUGAUUUCAAAGACGAAACCAAAGCUGCGGCACAGGCCGAAGUCGAUGCAGACGGCGAGGAGAUUGUCUUACCUGACGCAGAUGACAGCGCUGCUGUUGAUGAUAUGUUUGAGCGAGCUAGAGCCCUGUCCGCAGAAGAGGCAGCCAGUGGGAAGUAUUCCAUCUUUGACAUCGUUCUACCCCUUCCCGGGUUUGACAUCCUCUAUCCCGCCAACGAAAUGACCAACUUCUACAAAGAGUUCAUGGGAAGUGAUAAGGGCGGAAACCUGGAUCCAUUUGACAUGCGGCGCUCCUGGAGGGACAUCAGCCUCAGCGGUAGCUACCGUAAGAUACUCAGCCGGCCUGGGGCUGAUUACUCUUUCGAGGUGAGACCGUACCGUGUUGAGGACGAGCAGUUUGUGAAGACAGACCUUGAAAGGCUCAAGGAGAGUAAGACAGGGGAACAUAAGGAUGAUAACUAUGCGCCUACAUCAGAGGCGUCACAGCCGUUAGAUUCACCGGAGAGGCUAGCUGUUAUCCUCAAGUUCCAGUUAGGGGCCAGCCAGUAUGCUACCAUGGCACUAAGGGAGCUAAUGAAGACAGGAGGAGCCAAGGAGUACAAGCCUGACUUUUCUCGAUAG